GGAGAGGAGAAUGUUUUCGCUUUCGCUUUCACACAGACAGAGGAUUCUCCCGGCGACAUAACCGAAGGCUUCAAGCCACCGAAUCUGUCUUCGGACGAGGACACCGCUCAGGAGCUGGAGGAGAGUGGGAGCCCCCUCUACGUGUCCCAAGCAGACGGCAGCUCCUCCUUCGGGGAGAGGUCAGUCCUCCAGCCUCUCUUUCAGGAGGAAGCCCUGAGCCCGAAAGACAGGGCACCUGAGGUAAUCCGCUCUGGAGCUCCCUUGGGUGCUGAUCUACCUGUUUCUGGGGACCAGCACGAAGAGCCUGAUGCCGAGGUGGCCCACCUGGAGGAGAACUUCUCUCAGAACGGGUCGCUGCCCCAGACACCGGAGCCAGAGAGAUACCUCAAGAACCACUUUGAAACGCUGGCUGGCGACCCCCUUGGAGAAACGUUUGACGGUUGCAUCAGAGACCAGCAGUCAUUUGGAGAGAGUGAGGAUGGAGGGAGCCCGCUUCUGAAUCCCCGCCUGAGCAUCUCCGCCAGGUUUCUCUCGCGCGCCCAGAAGAACUGCAGAUUUGCGGCGGCGUUUUUCCCAAGAGUCUGCCCGCUGGUGCAGGCAGCCACUGCUGAACACCCAUCAGAGGAGUGCGUACCACUCAGCGAUUUCACGAAAUUCAAG